AUAGUAGUUGCCUCAGCCUGGUGGAUUGCAGGGGAAUAAGCUGAAAUGGACAGGUGUUGAUUUCAAAGCGUCUCAUCUCACUCUCCAAGAAGCUUUAAUGUAACUCACUACGCUAGCUCCUCCAUCAUUAAUGAUUCGUGAACAACUCAUUCUUUGAAGUUGGUGACCGAUCCCAAGCUCCAGGAAGAUCUCUCUUCAUCCCCAACAGCUUUAAAAGCCCGCAUAACCCCAGCUCUGAGAACUGUUCAGUAACCAAACACUGACAAUGGCAUUGACAUUCACCCUCCCGAGCGACUAUGGCAACGUGGCUGCUGUCGCCCUCGGCGCAAUUCCCUUCCUAGGCUUUGUGCACGGCUUUAUCACGACAGGCCUUCGUCGACCUGCUGGCGUCGAGUACCCUAACGCCUACGCAACCGCAGAGCAAUGUGCAAAAAAUCCUGCAGCCUACAAAUUCAAUUGUGCUCAACGGGCACACGCCAAUUACCUCGAAAACAUGUCCCAGACCAUGGUAUCCAUUCUUGUCGCCGGUAUUAAGCAUCCGCGUCUCGCAACGCUCCUCGGAACAACGUGGGUCGCUCUCAGAGUACUGUUCCUUGCCGGAUAUGUAUAUUCAGGGAAAGAGAAGGGCAAUGGACGCAUUAUCGGUAUACCCUUCUGGUUUGUCCAAGGCGCACUCUGGGGUAUUAGUUUUCUCGGGAUGGGAUUUCCAGGAUAUGACUUGAUUUUGAGGAAAUAGGGGCCCGAAUUGUUGGAGGGUUGUCCCCUGCCGACAAAUUGAGGAUGUCAUAUAUUUACAUAACACAAACGAUUAAUGUAUUUUAUCCGCACGGUAUAAUAGCAGAGUGUUCAACUCGAAAUAAGAUGGGAUCUUUGUUC